AGAAAAAAAAAAAAACAUUUCAAAACCGUUGUACUACAAAAUUAGUGAAAAUGGAAACCAAUACAAAACUUUCAGUGUUCUUCAUCUUGUUUCAAUGGUGCAUCGUAGCCAUUAACGGCAAACCGGCCCCUGCCGGUUCUGCUGUAUUUGACAUAAGCAAGCAUGGAUUGAAGUCUAAUGGCGAUGCUACGCAGGCCUUACAGAGUGCUUGGGCCGCGGCUUGUGCAUUGCCAACUCCUAGCAAGGUGUUGGUCCCGAAAGGAACCUACAUGCUACACGCGAUUAACUUCCAAGGUCCGUGCAAGUCAAGGGUCACUUUUGAAAUUUUAGGGAACUUCAAGGCUCCAGCAGACCCAGCACAGUUUAAGGGGUCAGAUACAUGGGUUAGAUUUUGUGAGAUUGAUGGUUUGACCAUUACAGCACCUAAAGGAGCAGGUGUGUUCGAUGGUCAAGGGCAAAUGGCCUGGAAAGUCAACGAUUGCUCAAAAUCUGGAAAUUGUGAUACUCUUCCUUAUAAUUUUAGGUUCAAUUUUUUGACGAAUGCAGUAAUUAACGGUAUAACUUCAGUGAACAGCAAACUGUUCCACAUGGCAGUCUUGGGCUGCAAGAAAGUACAAAUGCGUGGCAUUACUGUUAGUGCACCAAAAACUAGUUUAAACACUGAUGGUAUUCAUGUAGCACGUUCAGUUGGAGUGAACAUAACAAAUGCACAUAUUAAAACCGGAGAUGAUUGUAUUUCCAUUGGGGAUGGAGCUAAAAACGUCCAUAUCGAGCAGAUCACUUGUGGGCCCGGACAUGGUAUUAGUGUAGGAAGUCUAGGUAGGUACCCUAAUGAGGAACCCGUGGUCGGCGUCACCGUGAAGGGAUGCACCUUCACGAACGCAGACAAUGGUGUUCGGGUUAAAACAUGGCUCAACUCUUUCAAAGGUAGUGUCACCGGCCUGCAUUUCGAGGACAUCAUUGUUGAAAAUGUUUUGAAUCCUAUUAUUGUUAAUCAAGAAUAUUGCCCCUACAAUCACUGCGCACAAAAGAAUCCCUCCAGAGUGAAGCUUGCCGACAUUAGAUUCAAGAACGUGAGGGGCACAUCAGGUAGCAGGGAAGCAGUGACGAUAAUUUGCAGCAGCGGCACGCCAUGUGAGAAGGUGCAGCUCACUGAUAUCAACCUGAAAUACAAAGGCAAAGGUGGUCCUGCAGUUUCCAUGUGUAAAAAUGCCAGGCCUAUCCUAACAGGAAAACAGAUCCCGCCUGCUUGCUCUGAACUAGCUACAGCUGCUAAAGAUGACUUUUAGGUUACAAAGUUUUGUGUAGUAAUCUCUUGUUCCUUAUUGGCUCAUAUGUUGAGAUUACCAUUUGUAAUCUCAGAAUUACAUGAAGAUCAGACCUGCUUGUACUGUAUCGAUCAGCUACCCCUAGUAAACAUUGGGGGUAACGUAUGCUUUUGAAGAUGAUCUUAUGUAAUACUCGAUCCAUGUAACAAUUAUCACAAGCGCAGAAUUUGUUGCUGUUGUGAUUUUACAGUGGAAGUCGAUUGUUUUUCAUC